CCAUAGAGACAGGCUCCUACAACAGGGCGCCGUUACACCAGCUAGUCCGCUCUCAGCGGCUAUGACAGCCUCUACAUGAAGCAGCCGGCCUUCGGACAUCAAUAAUAUCCUCGAAAACGGUCUUCCGGAUGGUUGCCAAUCAGAUUUCUCAUUAUUGGAUUAACGAGCGUCAGCCGCCAGCCGCAGCUUUAUCCUGAGAGGCCGGAGAUUUACAGGGAGGAGUCUUGUUGUUAUUUCACCGUUAGCUGAAGCCAGGCCAGCAUGUCGGCGUUUUAACAAUACCGUCAACCGUAAAAAGCUGCGAAGAGGACCCAAAUGUGCUCCUAGAGGAUGGAUGUGGAGGUGAGUGCUGGCAGGGACAGCACCUGGAGGAGAGGAGCAGCGGCCGAGGAUGACGGUGGAGGUGGAGGUGGUUUCACGGAGGCGCAGGUCGUACCGCUGGAGGUCUACGACUCUGCAAGGGCCAAGAUAGAGGCGAAUCUCCGCUGGCUGUUUGCCAAAGCCUAUGGUACAGAUCACAUCCCUGCGGACCUGAGAGACCCCUUUUACACGGACCAGUAUGAGCAGGAACACAUCAAGCCACCCAUCAUCCGCCUGCUCCUGUCCGGAGAGCUCUACUGCCGCGUGUGUGGGCUCAUCCUUCACGCUGAGCAGGCCGCCUCACUCCAAAGCCACCAGUCUGUCAUCCAGGCUCUGUCCAGGAAAGGCAUCUACGUGCUGGAGGCCGACAACACGCCGGUGUCCGAUCUGGAUCUCGGCUCGUCUCCCAUCAAAAUGAGCUCCCACAUCCACCUCAUCGACGCCCUGAUGAUGGCCUACACGGUGGAGAUGAUCAGCAUAGAAAAGGUGGUGUCAAGUGUCAAGCGCUUUUCCAACUUCAGUGCCUCCAAGGAGCUUCCAUUUGACCUGGAAGAUGCAAUGCUCUUCUGGAUUAACAAGGUGAACAUAAAGAUGAGGGAGAUCAUGGAAAAAGAGUGUAAAAUGAAGCAACAUCUGCUUGAGUCGCCCAGUCACCAGAAGCCUGAUAUAUUGCAUGCUCUGGCCCAUUGCUUAUUGGAGCCCGUGGAGUUCUCUCGUGUGGUGCGUUAUCGCAGAGAUCACCUGUCAGGACGGACUCUGCAGCACUUCCCCCUGUUGGACGACCUGUUGAAGGAUGUGUGUGACGGCACAGCUCUGCUGGCUGUGAUCCACUUCUACUGUCCGGAAAUCAUUAGACUGGAAGAUAUCUGCCUGAAGGAGGUUCCCUCUAUAGCAGACAGUGUGUACAACAUCCAGCUACUGAAUGAGUUCUCAAAUGAGUACCUGAGCAAAUGCUUCUAUCUGAAGCCCGAGGACCUGCUGUACUCUCCACCGGUACUAAAGAAUAAUGUGAUGGUGUUCAUUGCUGAGCUUUUCUGGUGGUUUGAAACUGUGAAGCCAGACUUCGUGCAGCCCAGGGAUCUUCAGGAAAUCAAAGAUGUGAGACUGCUGCUGCAGCCUAAAAGUUCUCGAUCCUACGCCCCCAUCUCCAACAUCACCAAACGAAGCUUCCUGACAUCGUCAAACUCUGCUGAUGUCUUGACUACACCUCCGAGCUCUGACCUCAGCUCCAAACCAAGCUCAUCAAGUCAGUCCCACUCUUUACUGCCCCUGAGACAGAGACAACAGAAGGUGGUUGAAGAAGGCACUUUAGAUGUUAGAAAUAGGUCCAACUCUAUGACACGUGCAGACGGGCAACAUCAAGGCUCCAUGUUGAUCAGGCCAGACAGGAGGCAGAGGCCUUUAUCCCAGCCAGCGCCCUUCGCCCUGCAUUAUGCCCUGGAGGACGAUGCCGACAGCAUCAGCCUUGCUCGCUCCAUUAGCAAAGACAGCCUGGCCUCUAACAUCAUUACCCCCAAACACAUGCUGACGUCAGGUCUGCCUCAGCACAGACUCUCUGGUCAAACCCUGUUUAGUCACAUGCGCAUAGAGGAUGAAGAGGAGGAAAUAGAGGAGGAGGAACUGGUUGCCGUUAUCCAUCCUUCUGAAUUUCCUCGACGUAGAGUUGGGAGUGACAUGGAGCAGGAUGAGUUGGAAACACAGAGUGCAACGUCAACAUCGAGGGUUUCUAACACUUAUUGUUGUCCCCGCUUUGACAAGACUCCCUUUACUUUGGACCACCAGGCAGACGGUUACUAUCUAGAGCCACUGAUGCCCACCAUCCCAAAGCCAGCUAAGGAGAAGAGUAUCAGUCUGAAUAAGCAGGAGGAGAGUGGUGAGAGCCGCUGUAGAGCGGCAGUACCCGCUAGGAAAGCUACUAUCAGUGUCCCAAGCGCCUCACAGAGGAAAUCUCCUGUGGCCGAGUCAAACAGAAGUCCGUGUACACCCACACCUGUGGUACAAACAGCCCCUAGCUCUCUCAGGCCACCCACAGAGGGUUCGGCAGGCGUCUCUCAGUCAGGCAACAAACAGUCUCAAGGAUUUUUCCUUCAUUUGUCUGGAGAGCCAGACCAUCACAGUCCUUUUUCCUCUGGGAUGGAGACGGGGCAUAACUCCGACUCUGACAUCGCAGACCUCGAGGACGAGGAGGAGGAGGAUGAGCAGAUGGAGCUAGCUAAAGAAGCUGUGAGGAAAGGAAGGGAGACGUGGUUAGAGGAGGGAGACAUGGCUGAAAUUGGAGAAGGUGAGUCGGCCAAACUGAGAGAAGACUCAAAGGUGAGUGAGCGGGAGGAUAAGGAAGAUUGCAGUGGACGCUCGAGCCCUUGCCCCAGUACGAUAUCCUGGGCCAGCAGCUGCAGCGCUUCAGGAAGCACCAGUGUUAAGAUGACCAGCUUCGCCGAGAGAAAACUCCUUAAACUUGGACUCCGUGAUGGAUACUCAAGUACCAGCAGCUCCCAAAAGACCACACCAGAUGGCUCUGAUAUUGCCCCUUGUCCUCCCUGGCAACUGAAGAGUGAUUCCACCUCAGGCUGGCUAGGGAAGGAGCCUAGCACUGUGUUGGGGAAGAAUAUGGUCAUCAGUAACCCAGUUGUGCCUUCAGAGCUGCUUCAACUUCACAUGCAGCUAGAAGAGCAAAGACGUGCAAUAGAGCACCAGAAGAAAAAGAUGGAGACCCUUUCAGCGAGACAGAGACUAAAGCUAGGGAAAGCUGCGUUCCUGAACAUUGUUAAGAAGGGUGGAGGAAAGAGUGACACGCUUCCUUUACCCCUGAAACGCAGCCAGGAACCCUCAGAGCUAACAGCUGCUGACAGGAGCAAAGCAAAGACUCAGUCCUGCAAAGAUGAUUCCUGCCUUGAUGCUCUGAAGGUGCAGGCAAAGGCAGGUCAAACAGAGGGAGGACAGAUUAAUAGAGACAGCAAGUUGUCCACCCUGUCCCAGGAUAAUGUGACCACAUGUGAACCAGACGUGAACGAGUGCUCCCGCUCCAUAGAUCUGCUCAACGAAGCUAUUAGUUCUAUUCAGCAGCAGAUGAUGCAGCUUUCCUUGCAGCAAGACCUGUUAAUGAAGAAGACUGCGGCUUCGCCUCCAGAGUCUGUACAACCAGGCCCAAGCACAACCCCCAUCGCAACGGAAACAACGCCCUCUACCUCAGACUCCAAAUCUUUCGCUGUUCACUUUGUUGACAUCAGUGGGAGCACUUCUGUCCCUUCUCGUCGUCCUCCCAAGCUCAGCUCCAGCCACCGCAGCAAAACCUCAGAGCAGAAACAGAUAAAAGACAACAACAAGAUGUCUUCUGCAAAGUCAAACAUUCUGUCGUCAGACUGCACCCCUUCUCCUAGAGACAGCACUGGUGAAAGGCAAGAAACGGGGAGUGCCGUUGAAAGCUCAAGAACCGAAAGGUACAUUCAGAGAAACAGCACGUUCAGAGUCCAGGACAGCACUGCAGGGGGAACUGGGCACUUUGCAGACAAAUCCCAAUCACAAGACCCACCACUUUCCUCCAAAGCGUCCAUAUCUACGUCACAAGAUGCAGAACAAGAGGAGAACAAAGCUGCCAACUCAGGGAAAGAGAUUGCCGCUGAGGAUGAGAGCAACAGAGUCAAAGGUCAGCUGAUUGAGGUGGACCUGUCAGAGCUCAAGGAUCCACGGGGAGAUGGCGGCGCAGACGCUGCUGAGUGCACGGCAGAAGGGGAGCAGAAGAAUGUGUUGGGCUUCUUCUUUAAGGAUGAUGAGAAGGCAGAGGAUGAAAUGGCCAAACGUCGGGCUGCCUUCCUCCUCAAACAGCAGCGCAAAGCUGAAGAGGCCCGACUGCGUAAACAGCAGCAAGAGGCUGAGAGCGAACUCAAACGUGAUGAGGCCCGGCGCAAAGCAGAAGAGGACCGCGUUCGUAAGGAGGAAGAAAAGGCGCGACGGGAGCUGAUUAAACAGGAAUACUUGAGGAGGAAGCAGGAAGCUCUGCUGGAGGAGCAGGGUGUGGUCAAGCCUCGCCCACGGACCAAAUCCCGCCGGAACAGGCCCAAGUCACUGCACCGUGAAGAGUACAGCACCCUCUCCAAAGUAUCCACCACACGUAAUGCUCUGAAGGUGUCCAUGUUGAUCAAAGACCAGGCCUCAGCAGCAGGCUGCAGGGGAGCUGAUCUGAGCUGCAGUCAUCGAGGAUCGACGCUCUCUUUGGCCACCGAGGCAGACAGCGUGAUCUCAGGAGGGGCAGACUCACACAGGGCUGGAUCUGUGUGCUCCAUGGAGUCGUUCCCACUGCUGAGCAGAGCGUCCAGCAGGAACAUGGAGAGGGACUGGGAGAACGGCUCCAUUGCCUCUUCUAUCACUUCAACUGAAUACAAUGGUCCUAAACUCUUCAAGGAACCAAGCUCCAAGUCCAACAAGCCAAUCAUCAUCAAUGCCAUCGCCCACUGCUGCUUGGCUGGAAAGGUUAACGAGGUCCAGAAGAAUGUUGUUCUUGAGGAGCUGGAAAAGUGUGAGUCCAAUCACCUGAUCAUCCUGUUCCGCGACGGUGGCUGCCAGUUCCGCGCCAUUUACUCCUACUCACCCGACACGGAGGAGAUAGUGAAGUUCAUGGGCACGGGGCCGCGCACCAUCAGCCGCAAGAUGAUCGACAAGCUCUACAAGUACAGCUCGGACCGCAAGCAGUUCAACGUCAUCCCCGCUAAGAGCGUGUCGGUCAGCGUGGACGCCCUGACCAUCCACAAUCAGCUCUGGCAGGUCAAGAGACCAUCGAGCGCACGGAAGAAGUGAGAAGGAGGGACUGUUGUAACAGCUUCUGUCUACCAGUGUUGGGCAGGACCCAAUAAACCCAGAGAUGACAGAGAAGGGGGUUAGAUGUCGGUCUGAGGCAGAAAAGGAAACACCUGCCAACUCCAGUGUUUUUUUCUUUUCUUUUUUCCAUUUUGUUAGCUUUUUAUUUUGCAUGUCACACUCUAGUGUUUUAAUUUGUAGGUACCGUAUGUCCUGCAUCGAUUGGGUAUCAUGUAGCAGUAGAGAGAAACUGAACCGUGGAGCUGAAUACCACUGAGUCUGAACGUUCAAGACAGGCAGUGGUGAUCUUAAUAAAGUCUCGUGAAGUUUGCAAUUUCAGCUUGGCAAAAAAAAACAAGCAAAAAAACAAACUCUACAGCUGCGAUUAAUCCAGACUACACAUACAGAGACUGAUACUGGUAUGUGCUUUAAUGAAGAGGGACCUUUGACUUUCUUACGUAUGGAAUGGAUGUCAGUCAGUGCUAAUUAAUGUCUAGUCUCGUUUUCUAUAUAGUGUGUUUGGGGGGCGUGUGUGAGUCUUUGUGUUAGGGAAGGGGCGAGCUGAAUACAUCGUGUAUUUGGCCCUGAAUGUGUCUUGAUUAUGCUUUAAAACUUCUGUCACGCAACAGAGCUAUUUAUUUAUUUAUUUAUUCAUUUUUUUGUCUAGUUUGUCGGCUGCUGUUUUGUUGGGAGAAAACAGAAAAUGCUGGGAAACGAUACUUAUUCCGAACUGAAAGUGCUUUUUGAGACCGCAGUAUACCAUAUCAGUAAUGCAUCGCGUUGCAUUUGUAUUCCACCACACAUACGAGCCAUCUGAGAUCGCUGACCGGCUCCUACUGCUGAACCAAAAUGACUGAGCUAUGCCACUGAGCUGCUGUUUGCUGCUCAUUAACUGCUCACUGGAUUCUGGUGAGAUGUACGUUUUUGUUUUGUUUUAUUUUUUUUUUUAAUGUAGCUUCUGGCACUCAGCACUAGUACUUUCCCUGAAACGACUGACUGUCAGCGGCUGGUGUAAUGUUCGGGAAAACUGCACAAUACUUGAUAUUCCUUUGCUGCAUUUUGUACAUUUUUGAGUAGUAUUUUUUUGUACAUCACGUACAAGUUAUGUUUACUAAAAAAGCAGGCACUAUUUCAAGGUUUAUUCCGUUACAGGCGUUUAGAGAGGAGUCUUAUUUCAUUGUGUUGUAUGUUUAUUUAUUUUGAAGAGAUAUAAUAAAAUGCGACUAGGUGCGUUUUCUUGCUAAA